AUGCCUCUGGGGAUGAAUAAGCAUGGAUCUCGCUCUACUACCUCUUUGCCUCCGGACCCCACCGAGAUCGUCAGGAGCAAGGCCUGCUCCCGAAGGGUCAAGCUCAACGUGGGGGGGCUGGCCCACGAGGUUCUCUGGCGGACCUUGGACAGGUUGCCGCGGACCAGGCUGGGUAAGCUCAGAGACUGCAACACGCACGACUCCCUGAUGGAGAUCUGCGACGACUACAACCUGGAGGAGAACGAGUACUUCUUCGACAGGCAUCCCGGGGCGUUCACCUCUAUCUUGAACUUCUAUCGCACUGGCAAGCUGCACAUGAUGGAGGAGAUGUGCGCCUUGUCCUUCAGCCAGGAGCUGGACUACUGGGGGGUGGACGAGAUCUACCUGGAGUCCUGCUGCCAGGCCCGCUACCACCAGAAGAAAGAGCAGAUGAACGAGGAGCUGAAGAGGGAAGCAGAGACCCUGAGGGAAAGGGAAGGGGAGGAAUUCGAUAACACUUGCUGUGCUGAGAAAAGGAAAAAGCUCUGGGACCUCCUGGAGAAGCCCAACUCUUCCGUAGCGGCCAAGAUUUUGGCAAUCAUUUCCAUCAUGUUUAUUGUACUAUCUACAAUUGCCUUGUCCCUUAAUACACUUCCUGAACUACAAGGCGUGGAUGAAUUUGGGCAGACCACAGAUAACCCCCAGCUGGCCCACGUGGAAGCAGUGUGCAUUGCGUGGUUUACAAUGGAAUACCUCCUGCGGUUCCUCUCCUCCCCUAAGAAAUGGAAGUUUUUCAAAGGCCCGCUGAAUGCUAUAGAUUUGCUGGCCAUCUUACCCUACUAUGUUACUAUCUUCCUCACAGAAUCCAAUAAAAGUGUACUUCAGUUCCAAAAUGUACGAAGAGUGGUCCAGAUAUUUCGGAUUAUGAGGAUACUCCGGAUUCUAAAACUCGCCCGGCACUCAACGGGUUUACAGUCCUUGGGGUUUACACUGAGGAGGAGUUACAAUGAACUUGGAUUACUCAUCUUGUUUCUGGCUAUGGGCAUUAUGAUCUUCUCCAGUUUAGUGUUUUUUGCAGAAAAGGAUGAGGAUGAUACAAAAUUCAAGAGCAUCCCAGCUUCUUUCUGGUGGGCAACAAUCACCAUGACAACAGUAGGCUAUGGAGACAUUUACCCCAAAACUCUUUUGGGUAAGAUAGUAGGAGGACUGUGCUGCAUUGCUGGUGUGCUGGUGAUAGCUCUUCCCAUCCCAAUUAUUGUCAAUAACUUCUCUGAGUUUUACAAAGAGCAGAAGAGGCAGGAGAAAGCCAUUAAGCGCAGGGAAGCUCUUGAAAGAGCAAAAAGAAAUGGCAGUAUUGUUUCCAUGAACAUGAAGGAUGCAUUUGCCCGUAGCAUAGAACUCAUGGACAUUGUGGUUGAAAAGAAUGGAGAAAGCAUAGCCAAAAAGGAUAAAGUCCAGGACAAUCAUUUAUCUCCAAGCAAAUGGAAAUGGACCAAGAGAACACUCUCUGAAACUAGUUCUAGUAAAUCUUUUGAAACUAAGGAACAAGGAUCCCCAGAAAAAGCCAGGUCAUCUUCAAGUCCCCAGCACCUGAACGUCCAACAGCUGGAGGACAUGUACAACAAAAUGGCAAAGACUCAGUCCCAGCCAAACCUUAUCACUAAAGAGUCGAGUCAAGCUGGAAAGCAAAAGGAAGAGCUAGAAAUGGAAACCCUUCCUGGGCCCAUGGUGCCGCUGCUGGCGACUCGCACUGACGGGAUCGUGGACAUGAGGAGCAUGUCCAGCAUCGACAGCUUCAUCAGCUGCGCCGCCGAGUUCCCCGACCCCGCGCGGUUCUCGCACAGCCCGCUCACCGCCCUGCCCUGCAAGGGGGGCAUCAACGUCAUCCAGGAGCAGAGCAGGCCGGAGGGGAGCGGUGCCAGGUACGUGGACAUGAACCCCAGCUCUGAAAGCAGCCACCGUUCUGCUUUUUUCAUUGAAAGUCCCAAAAGCUCCAUAAAGGCCAGUAACCCCUUAAAACUAAGAUCUCUGAAAGUCAACUUCAUGGAAGAGGACACCAGCACAUUAGUACCAGCAUCACAUGUACUGAGAACAUAUCCAGACCCUCUCAAGAGCCGGGGAGCUGCUGCUGCUGCCACAGAUACUUCCUUACUCUCUGACAGGUCUCUCAUGAGCCCAGAAACCUCGAUCUACACAACUGCGAGUGCGAGAACCCCCCCAAAGUCACCAGAGUCCCAGGCGGCCAUAGCUUUCAACUUCCACGAUGCUGGUAUACACAAAUACAUAGAUGCUGACACUGAUGAUGAAGGUCAGCUGAUGUAUGACUCAAGUCCGCCUGGAAAUGUGAGUCCCAAGUACAAUGUUGCAAACAGUGGCUAUCUAAAGCAAAAGGACCAUGUUUAUAGAACAGACAAGAACCAUCUAGAAGCUGCAGCUUUACCCACCUCCCCUAAGCUGAUAGGGCAGAACUGCAUUUACUCUAUGGAAGGUAUCACUGGAAGAACCCAGGGCAAUCAGGAGACUGUCAGACUAGAAAAUCACAUUUCCCCAGAAGUCCAUGUAUUACCAGGCAGUGGAGGACAUGCUAGCACACAUGAUCAAAGCAUCUGAGGUGGGGUCUGAAAGAACUUAUUGAGAGUUUAAAGGAAUAUCUUCACAGUCAACACAAACAAAAGAGCUUCUGCAUGGCAUGAACUUGGCUGAAACAAGCCACCUGUUUCUAAAAGUCUGGGGGAGGUCCAGUGUGGGUUUGUGAAAAUGUCCUUCACUGAAACAACUCUAAAGACAUUGCCCACAUCAGUCAAAAAAAUGAUUGCAAAUCAUGAUCACACAUUGAUCUCCUUUCAUGUUGUCCAGUGAAGCCAAUGUGACCAAAUAUCCAUCCAUUCCCCUUGAACGCUAGAGCUCCUUUUGGAAAUAUUAACAUCUGAUUUGCAUUAGUUCCAUAAAGGAUGCCAAGGCAGCCAGAUUUGAACUCUGGAAUAAAUUGCUGGGGUUGGUAUAAAGCUUUCAAAAACACAAUGCUCAGUGCUUCAGGGCAGCGGUUCCCCAUCUACAGCUUUCUCUGAUGGAUAUUAUGUUUAAAGGUAACAGGGAACACUUGCAUUAUUGGAAAAUCCAAGUGAAAAGAAUUUGAAACAAUGAAUGGUCUAGAGAAACCAAUUCUUAAAAUGCUCUUUGUGCGUUUAACAAUUUGAUAUCCUGUAGGACCUGAUGUUUUCUUUUGAAAUAUUAGCAGGGUGAGUUGCACCACUUGUAUCUAAUUCCAAACAUGCCCUAGGACACAGUGAGACUUGCACUUGCCCUCUGCUAGAAGCCGGUAGCUGCCCCAGGGCCAGCGCGUGGCCCGCGGGAAGGCCGGAGGAGCCAUGCAGAAGCGGGACGCCCCGAGGCACCGCGGCCGGAGCCCUGCCCGGGGCUCGCCCGGCGGCGCUCGCCCUGCCCGCCCGGCGAUGAGCCGCGGCUGCCCUGCCCGAGCCAGGCACUGCCGGGGCCCCGGCGCGGCCGAGCCUCGCCCGGGGCCGGGAGAGGAGCAGGUUGGUCCGAAGCUUUUUGCGCCCAAGCAGCGCAGUGAAAGAUAUGCAAGUGUUACAUAAAUAUGCAAAAAGAGGGAUUCGUUAGUGAGCCGUCCCAGGCCUGGCUGUGCUCCCUCUCGCCAGGAGGCCGGGCAGGAGAGGCUCCUGCAGGGCCGUGGCACGAAGCAGCUGCGAGAGGCAGGAGAACCAGGCCUGAUGUUUUAAUAACAUCCAGUCAUUUUUAAAUGAAACAAGAAAAUAAAGAGGAAAGAAAAAAAAAAAAAAAAAAAAAA